GGUGGGGUGGGAGGUACAAGCUCGGUAGGAGAGAAUAAAAAACAGAGCAGUUGCCGAUGGAGAAGCUGGAGGAGAGAAGUGGGAGAGAGAUAAGAAGACAGAGGAGAGAGGGAUGGAAACAAGGAGCAGAAUUUGGUGAUCUUACUAUGGCUGAAUCACUAAGUGAAGUUUCUGGCAGUGUGGAAGUUCUGGAGGCCAGUGAUGAGGGAAAGAAGAAAUCCAAAUUUAAAGCCUUGAAGAGUUUUUUUGGCAAGAAGAAGAAAAAAGAGCCCGAAGAGGCCCAGGGAGAGAGGAGGCUCCAACCAAGCUUGUCCAGCAGCAAUAUCAACAUCUCUUCUCUGAAGCCAAUUCAGGAAGAUCAACAAAGCAAGCCGAGGGCCAAGAGCAGCAUGAGGAUCAAAGCCCUGUCCCAUGACAGCAUCUUCACUUUGGAGACUGAACCUAAAAGAUCAGCAAGCAAAACAUACCCCUCUCCUGAUGUCCAGAGAGGCAGACCUCUGCAGAGAUCUCAUGGUUUUAGAACUCUGCCUAGAGCUGGGACUGGUAGUAUGCAUGGAGCUGUGUUUGGAGCCAUGCCCCGAAAUGUGCCCAAGAGCACUGAGAUCCCACCACUGCGCCCACGCCAGGCCAGCAUCAGCCCACCUCUUAUCCAGUCUGACACAAUCUCUAAGGACUCUGAAGAAAGCUCUGCUGAUGAAGAGUCACCUAAGAGCCCACGAAAGAAGGUUUCAUCAUACAAGGUCAUGACAUUGAAGAAGAGAUCCUUUCGGCCCUCAUCUGGACCCAUUCACUCACAGUCCUUGAACACGAUUGCCAGGCUCCCCUCUUCCAGAAGCACCCGGGUGCCUGUCGGUUUCAGCACCCCAGCCACCACCCAAGGCUGUUUGGAUUCUUCAGCUGCUCGACACAAGAUGGCUUUAAACCCCCGGAAACAAAAGAAGAAGAGCUUUCAGGUGAAACCAAAGCAAGAGGAGUCAAGCCUUCCACUGGUUUCUGAAGAAGAGAAGAGUACAACCAUACCAAAAGAAGCUGACCAAAGGAAGCCGAAAAGAGACAGUGCAGGUCCCUCAAGCCAGAAACAGAGCAACAGAGCUGAGAUUUAUGAAAAGAAGACAACAGAUCAGGCUGCAAACAAAGAUGCCGCUGGGAGUCAGGGCUACCCACUUUCCCCAGCAUACGGAAGGCGACGUGGAAGAAGAGGAUUAAGUACUUUGGGGAUGAAUGAGCGUGGAUCCAGAAGAAGAAGCUUUAAACAAUCCAGUAGAGCCCUUGGCCUAGGUGACAGAGCUGGGUCCCCACCUGCUGAUAAGACCUCCAGGGACAGCCCUGUCUGGCAUCUGCCCUUGGAGAAGCAAGUUGUAGAGCAAUGCACAACUCCACAAACAGAAAGUGCUGCGCCGCUGGAGCUGUUUUCAGAUAAAAACGACGUGGGAAGGAGAAAUGCCGGUGUAGACUUUGAUGCCAGAAAAGCAUCAGCAUCACAGUCAAUACCUGAAGACCUGCAAGAGUCCAUGGUCACUGGUCUCUCACCAUACCAUGAAGAUGGGGCUUCUGGAGCCAAGAAGACGGAAGCCAGAGCUGCUCUCUCACCAGUGGUAGAAAACCUUUCCACAACCCAAGAUGUCAUUUUCUCAGUGCCAGUGAAGGAUCAGGUGUUUAUGGACCCUUCUGACAUCCAGUCAGAAGAGGAAGGAGCUUCCAGCUUUGAUCGGAAGAGUGUCCGAUUUAAAGUGAAGUCAGCUCAAAAUCCCUGCAGAGAAAAGCCUCCUGGCAAUGUUCUCCAGGCCUUCACAGCCAGAGUUUCAGGUACAGUGAGUGCUUUGGCAGACAGAGGCUCUUCUGCAGAGGGGAAGCCUCCCAGAAGCUUUUCCCGGUCCUUAGGGAAGCCGAGGCCUGAAGCAGUCGCCUCAGAUUCAGAGAGUACUUCCGAGGCAGGGAGCGGUGCUGAGCAGCGGCGGGCUCCCAGGUAUUCUUCCCGGUCCUUGGGGAAGUCCAAAGGUGGCCGAGAAGUCUUCGCAGAAUCAAGUUUUGUCGAGCACGUGAGCACUUCUGAUGAGCAGCUGGUUCCCAGGCGUGCUCCCCAGGCUUUGGGGGAGUCUGAUGAUGACCCCUCCACAGGAUCAAGUAGCUAUGUUGAAAAGUACAACAGUGCUGAGGACUGGAGCAGCUCUGAGGAAGAUCUGCCUCCCAGGUGCCCUUCCCAGGCCUUGGGGAGGCCCAAAGACCAAGAAGAAGUCUCCUCGGUUUCAAGGAAUGCACCUGAAGUUUCGGGUGUUUCUGUGGAGCAGAUGCCUCCCAGGCGCCCAUUCCAGUCCUGGGUGAGCCCUAAAUUACAGCAACAAGCCUCUGUGGGUCCAAAGAGCGCUGCCGGGGAGUGGGACAUUUCUGUGGAGCCGCUGCCUCCUAGAGUGCCUUCCAAGCGCCUGAUGAGGCUGAAAGUUGAGCAACCGGUCUCCGCAGGUCCAGAAGUUACUACUAGUGAAAGGAUCACUUCCGUGGAGCUGCUACCUUCAAGACAUCCUUCUCAUCCCCCAACGAAACCAAUAGCUGAGCAAGACAUCUCUGCCGGUCCAGAGAGCACAGCUGUGGAGGGGAACAUGUCUAGGAAGCUGCUGCCUCCCAGACGUCCCUCCCAGGCUCUGGUGAGACCAGUCGUGGAGCACCAAGUCUCCUCCGGUGCGGAAAGUGCCAUGGUUGAGAAGAGCGUUUCUAUGGAGCUGCUGCUUCCCAGACAUCAUUCUCAGCCCCUGAUGAGACCUCUAGCCCAGCAACACGUCUCUGCAGGUCCAGAGAGUGCUGUGGCAGAAGGGAGCAUUUCUAGGGAGCCUCUGCCUUCUAAAGUUCUUGCCCAGCCCUUGGUGAAUGCUAAAGCUGAACACAAUGUAUUUUCAGAUUUGGAGGGUGUUUCUGCUGAGCAGAUUAUUCCGGUGGAGACACUGCUCCCCAAAUAUUCUCCCCAGUCCUUGACAAAUCCUCAAGCCCAGAAAAUCUCAGAGAACACUGCUGUAGAGGAGGGCAUGUUCGGGGAGCUGCUGCCUCCCAGACACAGCUUCCAGCAGUCCUGGGUGAGCCCCAAAUUUGAGCAACAAGCCUCUGCGGGUCCAGAGAGCGCUGCCAUGGAGUGGGGCAUUUCUAUGGAGCCACUGCCUCCCAGAGUCCCUUCCCAGCCCCUGGCGAGGUCAGUAGUCAAACAAGCAAUCUCUGAAGGUCCAGAGAGUGUUGCUUCUACCGAGCUGCCGCCUGCCAAACAUUCCUGGUCCAUUGUGAGACGUAAAGUCCGGCAGAUGUCAAGUUUGGAGAGCGCUGCUGUCGAGGUGGGCAUUUCUGGGAGACCACUGCCCCCUAGACAUCCUGCCCAGGUGGCAAAAAAGUCUAAAAUUCAGGAAAUGUCCUCACGUCUAGAGAGCAGUACUGGUGAAGAAGACACAUCUAAGAAAAUGGUGCUUUCCAAGCGUCCCUCCCAGUCGUUUGUCAAGUUUAUGGCCCAGCAAAUCUUUUCAGAGAGUCCUGCUGUUGAGGAGGGAAAUUAUGUGGAUCCUCCAUUUUCAAAUCCACCUUCCAAAUCUAUGUUGAGGCCAAAAGUCGAGCACCAAGUUUUCUCAGGCUGGGAGAGUGCUGAUACCGAGGGAGGCACUUCUUCCAAGCUGCUGCCUAUGAAAAGCUCUCUGGAGGGCUUGAGGAGGCCGGAAGGCUCGCAAGAGGUUUUUGCCCAUUCGGAGAGUGGUCAUGUGAAGUGGAGCAGUUCUAAGGACCAGCAGCCUCCCAGACACCUUGCCCAGGCUUUGGGGAAGCUGGAGUACCAGCAAGAAAUCUCCUUGGCUUCUGAGAGCUCUCGUGGAGAAUGGAGGCGUUCCGAAGAGCAGCUGCCUUGCAGGCGCCCCUUCCAAGCUGAGGAUGAGGCUGAAUUUCAGCCACAGACUUUCUCGACAGGCCCAGUGAGUGCACCUGCGGAGGAGAGAGGUUCGGAGGAGCGCCUGCCUCCCAGACACACCUUUCAGGCUCUUGCAGACCCUGAGUGUCAGCAACAGGUUUAUUCAAGUUCUGUGAGUGCUGCUGCUGAGGAAACCAUUUUUGAGAGCAAGCCUAGCUGCUGGUCCCUACCGAGAGACCCCACUUCUCCAAACAAAACCAAGAAACGCAGCCAAAGCUCUGAAGACCUCGUUAAGAACACCCCGACUCCUGCUACCAAACCUGUGAAGUUCACCGUCACUCCUGCCUGGCAAGCAUCCAUUUCUGGAGGCACUUAUUCUAAGGAGGAAGCUCUUGGGAGUGGUGCUCAAAAUAACAGUCAUUCAAAUUCAUCCACCAAUGGGGCUGAUGUUGAAAAUCUUUUUGGAGUCCGACUGAGAAGAACCUCUUCCUCACAAAAGGGUAAGAGUGGGAAACAAGAUUUUACCAAGCAUCCUUCGCACUCCUUGGGCCCAAUUUCAUCUUCCAUAGGUAGAGGACAGCAAAUCAGAAGAAGGGCUUCCACAGGGCUCCUGGGCAGCGCACAGAGCCUCCCCACAACAUCUAACUUUGCAGAGAGGCUACAGAGGAGGCCCAAAUCUGAAAGCAUGGGCAAGAAGCAACCCGCUUACAGGACCCCAGGAAAAGCUCCUGGUCAACAGUCAGAUUGUGCCACCUCAGAGCCAGCUUGGAUAACCAUGGUGAAGCAGAAGCAGGGGAGUUUCCAGGCCAACAUUCCUGCAAACGAGCCCAAAACCAAGAAUAGAGCUGGAGCCAAGCCUGAGACUAAGGAGCCUAGAUAUUGGAGAGCUGGCCUUGCAAAUGAAAACCAAUCAAGACGGAUUUUCAGUUCCAAUGUCAAUAGACAGGAGAAAAUGGUACGGAUGAAGCUACCUAAGUCUACCAAAGCAGGAUUUGAAGAUGAUAAGAUAUUUCAAGUACAUUCUAUGAAGAAGGAAACCAGAAGGUCUUCCACUCUCCCAGUCACACUACAACAGCCGGUUGAGCCAGCUGAGCCAGUCUGGUUCUCCCUGGCCAAGAAGAAAGCCAAAGCAUGGAGCCAGAUGGCAGAAAUCAUUAAAUAAAUAGCUCCUGGGUGGAGUAUCAGCAUUUCAAAUGAUAAUUGCCAAUAGCUGUUAUUAAUGCCACAUAGUGAUUUAUUUACUGUAACCAUUUGUAUUAAGCAAAGGAGCCUUAAAAUGAAAAUUAAAGCUAAUAAUUAUCUGAAUGAAACAAAUGCCGUAAAUGUGUAACCUUCAGUAGAGUCACUGCCAGCAUCUGAAAACCCAGAAUUUCCUCUGUGAAAACUAUGUAAAAUGUUUGCACUUCUGUCAAAUUGAGAAGUCUUUAACUUUGGACAAUGUGCUUUUAGAAGGGAGAAAGCGAAAACAUUUUGUUGGAGCAACUAAGAGGUAGUCAUUUCCCUUGAUCAAGUAAAUUCAUUCUAAUGGAAAUGUCCAGAUGAUUUGGCCCAAGGAUUGGCUUUUAGGUUCUAUGAGCCUAGUUUGAUGCUUCAGUUUUUUGGUUGCUGCUCCAAGCUUUGCAAAGCCCCUAAGAAGAGGUGGUAGAAGUGAAAAUCCUGGGUGUCCAAGAAAAUUUUUGCACAGCCAGUCCCCCAAUCAGCCCACUGCCCUUUGAAACACCUUCUUUGUAUCUGUGAGGGCCCCCAAUGCCUACAAUUUAUACAGAGCUCUCUCUGCACCUGCCCUAUGUCAACCUGUCACAGGUCUGGCAGCAGUGAGCACCUUCCUAUGAGGCAGACCAUUCCUUGGGGAUUCUCGUACUCCUCUGGAUGGUUAGUCCAUCAGUGUUUGACCUUUUGCCCCAGUGCCACUGUGACCCUCUCCAGUUGCUCAGACAUGUACUGCAUGUCACAUAUAUCCUGUUUUUUAACCUAAGACCCUGUUGAAAUUCAAACUUCUACAGAUGCUGAAAGCUGUGCUUUCAAUCAGGCAGAUGGAAAGCCUUCCGCAGAGGAAGUCUGGGGCCACUGGAGAGCUGUCUUACACACUGGCUCCAGCCUUAAGAUGGAGACCUCCACAUAGUCCAGUUUCUUGUCACUUUCCCUCAGCAGCCUCUGUUUCACAAGAUUUUACCCCAAAGCAAGACUGCAAUUCUAAAGCCAUAGAACAAUUAACUUUCUGCUAACUGGAAGCCCAAGGUGAUUAAAUCAGCCUUUCCUUGCCCUUAUUCCUAGGGGCACACACCCCAAAAGUCACUAGGCUAGACAGCCCUUGCCUCCCCAGUGAACCACUCACCCCAAGUCCUUUCCCUCUGUUCCAUCCCCUAGACACACCAAGCACUAAGGGAGAGCUCCCUCUGAUACCUGGGCAGUACCCAGCUCAUUUGCUUAGGAAACCCAGAAGUGUCCUAAUAUACCUUUUUCUGUGUCUGUCUCUGUCACCUUGGGGCUACUUUGCUUAAACAGAAAUGCAGACCUAGAUAUAACUGUGCCUUUAAAUUCUGAGUAGGGUGCUGCCACAUGCAAAAAAAGUUCAGCGAGGCUGUGAGGUGCCAGAGCUAAUUUAAAUCCUUGAUGCUUGGUUUUGCUGAUGAUGAUAUAAUGUGAUAUUGCACAAUCAUAUGCUGGAUUGUAUCUUUUCUCUAUACUACAUUUAUUUUUCCUGAUACUGUAUCUUUGCCUUUUUGAUAAUGCUAAGAUUUUGAUUGUUUGGGUUUGAUUUCCUUUGUUUUCUCAUAGUGAACAGAUCAUUAAAGGUAGAUGCCCUUUGCCUAGGUAGUCCUGGUAAAUUAGCUGUUACACCUCCGAUGCCCCUUUCCUCAGAGUGGACCACUAUUAGGUUAUUCUCACCCUAAGAACUCUCCAUUAACAAUUUCCUUUCCACAGUUAACAACAAAAAUCUGUUUUAAGUAAAGAGGUUAAGUUUUUUUAACGCCUAGAGGCACAUUCUGACAAGUUUUCAGCUUCUUUUAGCAUUCUUGAUUUCUGCUAUAUGCAAAGCAAAUAAAUUCAAUAAAGCCUG